GGGGAGUUGCUGAACAGGCCGCUGUUACAUUGUAGCCCGGGCAGGCUAUGAAAGCUCCGCCAGCCACUGGCUGCCUGACGUAAUUUAGCAAUGAAAGGGUACAGUCUGCUCGGUACAGUAGACAACUGUCAGGCGGCGGCGGCCGCCCAGCGCAUUGUGCCCGCAGCCGCAGCCGCAGCGUAGACACGAUGUGACCAACUUGAGCAGCGCGGCUGUGCGAGAGUGUGCUGGGACUGGAGAGAUACGAGAGAAAGCCCGCUCGUCAUUGUGAGCGCUCAGCCGGCAUCGCAGACACACACACACACACACACACACACACACACAGAGGAAGAGGAAAGCUGCGGGGGAAUUUGUUGAGCAGGAAGAAGGCGCUUGUCCAGCUGGAGCCAGCUAACAUGGCGGCUGUACCAGUCUACUGCAUCUGCCGCCUGCCCUACGACGUAACCCGCUUUAUGAUCGAAUGCGAUGCGUGCAAGGACUGGUUCCACGGCAGCUGUGUUAGCGUGGAAGAGGAUGAGGCUCCAGACAUCGAUAUCUAUCACUGCCCGAACUGUGAGAAAAUUCAUGGCCAGUCAACGAUGAAAAAGAAGAGGCAGAAGAAUGAGCCUAUACAUGCUGUGGAUAUUAUACGUCCAGUGCAGAAUGGAAGCCAGAUGUUCAUAAAGGAGCUCCGAAGUCGGACAUUCCCCAGUGCAGAAGAAGUUAUUCAGCGGCUCACAGGAACGCAGCUGUCUUUUGGAUAUCUGGAAGAAAAUGGAUUUACAGGGCCCAUCUUGGUUGCAAAGAAGGAUGGUUUGGGCUUAAGUUUACCACCACUUACAUUUUCUGUUAGUGACCUUGAAAAUUAUGUUGGCCCAGACAGAGUUAUUGAUGUCGUAGAUGUCACCAAACAGAAGACCUGCAAAUUGACCAUAAAGGAAUUUGUCGACUAUUACUAUAGUGCAAACCGGAAGAGAGUUCUUAAUGUGAUUAAUUUUGAAUUUUCAGAUACCAAAAUGUCUAGUUUGGUUGAAGCUCCUGACGUUGUCAAGAAAUUAUCCUGGGUUGAUAAUGUAUGGCAAGAUGAUUCACUUUUUGAGAAGCCAAAAGUUACCAAGUAUUGCCAAAUAGGUGUAAAGGAUAGCUACACAGACUUCCACAUAGACUCAGGAGGAUCUUCCGUCUGGUAUCAUCUCCUACGCGGAGAGAAAAUCUUUUAUUUGAUUAAGUCAACUACGGCAAACCUUGCUUUAUAUGAAAGGUGGAGUUCAUCCUCAAAUCAGAGUGAAAUGUUUUUUGCUGAUCAAGUAGACAAAUGCUACAAAUGUAACGUGAAACAAGGGCACAGCUUAUUCAUCCCCUCAGGCUGGAUUUACGCAACAUUAACUCCUGUGGACUGCUUGGCUUUUGGAGGACACUUUUUACACAGUCUAAACAUUGAAAUGCAAUUGAGAGCCUAUGAAGUGGAAAAAAGACUGAAAAUCGGCAGCUUGAUUAAGUUUUCAAACUUUGAAGUCAUAUGUUGGUAUGUUGGCAAAUAUCUGCUUGAGACACUCAAAGGUUUGCACAAAUCUGGGAAGCAGCCUCCGUCAUACCUGGUGCAAGGAGCAAAAGCUCUGAAUGGAGCAUUCCGCUCAUGGACGAAGAAACAGGUUAUAGCUGACCAUGAGGAUGAAAUUCCAGAAACCAUUAAAACAGUACAGCUUAUCAAAGAAUUUGCCAAAGAAAUACGAUUAGCAGAGAAUGCACUUAAAACAAAUGAAUGUGAAAUAAGUGAUGCCAGUGCAGGCAAAAGCCCCCCUGUACCGGUCAAACUGCCAGUACCCACAGGUACAACACCAGUGGAAAAACCAGAAAGAAAAAAAUCUUCAAGGGCCAAAGAAGGAGGAAAGAAAAAAGGAAAGAAAGAGACCGAAGGUAGCGGUGUAGUUCCGAACCUUGACAUUCUUGAGGCACACACAAAGGAGGCUUUGAUUAAAACUGAAGUGCCAAAGAAAGGGGGAAAGGCUUCAAAAAAUGUGUUAAGUGUGGCUGACCAAGAAAGUGCAAAUAAUCAAAAUGAUGUAAUUAAGUUUGGAAUACAAGAGCAGAACAAAAGCAAAGCUGAAGUGAAAUGGAAAUACAAGAACAGUAAACCAGAUUCUCUGCUAAAAAUGGAAGACACAAAAUCAGAAAAAUCAUUCCUGACGGGAAGCAAAGACAAGAGCAAGCUCAAGUUGGUCUUCACCAAUAAAAAGUUGCUCAGUUGUAAAGGAGUGAAAACACAGCCUAAAUCUGUGAAAUCUGAUAAUGUGUUUGGCUGUUUACAAAAUAUUAAGGAAGACAAGCCCAAAGCAGUGAGAGAUGAAUAUGAGUAUGUGUCAGAUGACGGGGAAUUGCAGAUUGACGAGUUUCCGAUAAGAAGAAAGAAGACUGCUCCUAAAAGAAGUUUAACAUUUUUAACAAAGACCAAAGAGAGUGUUGGAGUUGCUGAAAUGAAAGAACCUUUGGUUCAGCACUGUUCUAACCAGGUUCACCAGCAGGAUGGCAACUCAACUGAUGAAGAUUCUCUACAUAUUGAUACGGAGGCAAAGCCAGAUCUUAGUACUGCCAAAACAGCUGAAACAGGUAGUUCUGCUGGGAUAUUGGAUCUGCUACAGGCCAGCAAACAGGUUGGAGGUAUCGAAUAUAGUGGAAAUAGCAAAAUCGUUAAAGUAGCCAAAGCCACCAACUAUGACAUCACCGAAUUCAGUCAACCUCCAGCCUCACCCAGCACACAGGAAGCCAUCCAGGGCAUGUUAUCCAUGGCAAAUCUUCCAUCCUCAGAGUCUUGCUUGCAGACUUCAUGGACUGGUAACCAAGUUAAAAAUAGCUCUUCAAUAAAGCAAGGAUCCAAGAAAACUAGUAACAAGAUUAAAAAGCACAAAGGAAAACGGUUAAUCAAAAACAAUCCGCAGAGCAUAAUUGACAUUAAUGAUUAUGAAGACCACGACAGCCUAGGAGCAUGUUUCAAAGAUUCCGAUUAUGUUUACCCAUCACUUGAAUCUGAUGAUGACGAUCCAGUUUUCAAAUCCAGAUCCAAAAAGAGAAGAAGUGCAGAUGACACACCUUGGAAUCCAACAGCCAGAGUUACACCAUCUGUUCCUCGGCAUGACAGACCGACACGAGAAGGUGCAAGAGUGGCCUCAAUAGAAACUGGAUUAGCAGCAGCUGCUGCAAAACUAUCACAACAGGAACAACAGAAAGUUCCAAAGAGAAAGUAUACCAAAAGGAAAGUGUUACCUGAUGACUCAAUCAAAAUUCCUCAGGAAAGUGCUUCUACAGAAAUGAAGACUGAUAGCCAUGCAGGAAAGCGGUUAAAGAAGGGUAUGGCAACAGCUAAACAGAGACUUGGGAAGAUACUAAAAAUACAUAGGAAUGGAAAACUUCUUCUGUAAAGAUAGAAAUGAAAAAUAUUUUCAGUUAAAUGUAUUGGCCUGACACUAAUGCUGUUUGUUACAUGUGUGACAUAAAGUGAAUACAUUUUGGAUCAUUCCGGGAUAGAGACAGUAUCCAUUUAACAUGCUUUGGAGACCUUUCUCAGUGGGCAUUAUGUGUUUGUGUGGUUCUUUGGUAGGAUAGCUCUGCAUGGUCUGUGUUACAAUUGGAUAGGCUUUUAACAUCCAUCAAAGAAGCUACAGUGAUCCUCUUCAUUCAGCUGAAUCUUCCACUGAAACAUCAAAUCUCCUACUGAAGCAUCGUUUUGCAUUAAAUGGAUAUUGAAAGAUGUUCAUUUUUUAAAAGGCUAUCAAAAUCAACUUUCUCCGUCUUUGUAUUUAUAGGGAAGAGUAUUACAGAGUUCAGUAAAGAACUACUACGUUUAUCAUAGAAACA